AUGUCAGAUAAGCGCCAUGAUCUCGUGUGUGUGGAGUGCGGCGCCUCUGUGGCGGAGCUAGUGCGCGACUAUGGCAAAGGGAACCUGCGUCUAGCCAUCUGCAGUGCGUGCAACUCGGUUGCGGACAAAUACGUUGAGUACGAGACGAUCCUGCUCUUCCUGGAGGUUCUGCUGCUCAAACCUCAAGUGUAUCGUCAUGUGCUGUGCAAUCUACCGGCUCCAGUCUCAACCCGGACGACGCUGAAGCUAUUUGUGAUCCUGGUCAUGCUGGAUAUGAACGUCAAGGCGUAUUUAGUGGACCGGGACGCCGGCGUGACCUUCCGCUCCGAGUCCAUGUACAGAACCCCCGAAAUUUCGGCGUCUGGAGCUCGGAUCGGACAAUUCUCGCUGCAUUUAGUGUUUCUGGCACUAGUGGAGAACGUCGUCUACUUCGCUACUGUCUUUGCUGCAAUCUGGAUGGAUCCAUUCCGUCGAAAAUGGAGAAAAACGCUGCUAAAUGAGGGAACUGGCGCGGCUUGGACGAGAUAUGCCAGCGCCAUGUGCAUCUCGAGCUUCGGCAAGCUGUUUGCGCUAUUGACAGUGAUCUGGGAGUUCCAUUGGAGCUUCAUCCACGUCAUUGGAGCGCUGGUACUGGUCUCUAAUGUGCUGGCAUUGCAACUUCUACUAGGGGAGGGAAAUCCCGCACAUAACAAGUCGCUGCAUGUUGUAGCGAUUGUCGUGUUCGGAUUGAUCGCUAGAGCUGCUGUGCAACUUUCCCUUUAUGCGUUGGGCAACUCAGUACUCUUCCAUGUUGUCGCUUAA